GCCGCUUCCGCCUCCGGCGCAGGAUUUCCGGUCAAGACUGAGAGGAGGCGGAGGCGAUGCCGCAUGCUGCUCGUUAGAAGGUACUGACUGACCACGAUGGCCCUGCAGUCGGAUGAGAGCGACGUUGAGGACCUGCCAAAGUUCACUUUUCUGAAGGAACAGCCUCCUGCGGUAAAAAGCAGCAGCUGCCAGACUCCUUCAAAGGAGAGACUUGUGGUGAUCUGCAGCUCUGACUCAGGAUCCUCUCCUCCUUCCCCGGGGCUGGAAAAGUUCCCUGGCAACCAGGAUUCUGACCGAGCCAGCUCUUGUAAGGAUGCGAUUGCAAGGCUGAGCAGUGAGAGUGAGGAGGAAGAGGAGAUAAUACCCUUGUCUGAAAGACUAAGGGGGAAAUUGGUGAACAGCAAGUCGUCCAAAACUAGUAUUCUGCUUUCUGAGGCCCAGCAACCGAGUAGCUGUGAUGCAGUGUGUAAAGCUAGGGGUACUAUGCUCCGUCAGAACUACAAACAAGUGGUUACUGACUGCAGAGAACAGUUGCUGCCAAAGGCUUCUGACACCCAGACAAGAACCCCUGUCUUAUCCUGGGAAAUUUCAGAUAGUGACCAAGAUGAUGCCACAGAGGAUUCCAAGAGGGUACUUUUGCACCAGCCUCCAGUUUGUCUAUCAGACUCUCCAACCCAGAAUAGCAGGUCUCUGGUGGCAGAGGCAAGUUCAGAAAUGUCACCCCCUCAGAAGAAGUCAAAACACAGCCAAGAGGAGAGAGAGAGGGCUCGUCAGGCUGCGUUGCAGAGGAGGAGGGAGCGGGAAGUGCAGAAGGGGCAGCGGGAACAGGACCGAGAGAGGAAAAAGGCACUUGCCAACAUGCUGAAGGCCCAGCGACCAGAGGAGUGCCUGAAGCACAUAACAGUGGUGCUGGAUCCGGUUCUCUUGCAGAUAGAAGGAGGUGGGCAAGUUCUCAGUGCUUUGCAGUCCAUGAACUGUGGCUGUGUGAUUGAGAGUCAGGCUGUUCCCUGUAGCAUCACCUGGAGGAGAAGGAGGGCUGGGUCAUCUCAGGUUGAAGAAGGCAGUUGGAUAGAAGAACCCAAUAUCCUGGUUCUGGUUCGCCUGGAGGAUUUUGUAUCCAUGAUCUACAGCUACAGACAGGAAGUCCAGGGUGGCACAGAAGGACCGAAAGAGACUUUACGGAGCUUCGUAGCUUGUGUCAUGGAGAGAGCUCCUGGGAAAACUCUAGCCCUGGCUGUAGUUGAACUAGAAAAAUAUUUCAGAUCUCACAAAGUUCAGUCCCGGAAGAAGCUGCGGCAGGCAGUGCUGAAUGGAAGCCAAGUAGAAGGACAAGGGAAACGGAAAAAACGGAAGGGAAAGCGGGAUUCUGGCCCAGAGCUGUCCAGGGUGAAAGUGGAAGAAGCAUUGGUCGAUCUGCAGCUUCACACCGGAGUCCAGGUUAGAAUCCUCGAGAGUUGGAAGGAACUUGGAGACUUUGCCAGUAUGUUCACCAAAGCAGUAGCUGAAGCACCAUUCAAGCAAGAGCGAGAGAAGACCGGCUUCUCCUUCUACCUGGAGAGUGAGUGGUGUAGAGGGGUGAAGGUGGACCGCUCAGGGAAGGGACUCUCGCAGGUUUGGAAGAGGCAGAUCCAACAGUUCAACCGGGUGAGUCUGGAGAUGGCCAGUGCCAUUGUGGCCGCGUACCCUUCUCCACUGCUUCUGGAUCAGGCCUAUCGUAGAUGCCUUUCAGAGCGGGAGCAACAGAAUCUUCUCGCUGACAUACCUGUGCGCCGUGGCAAUGGCGUAACUGCCACAUCACGGCGGAUUGGACCAGAACUCUCCAAACGGAUUUACCUGCAGAUGACCUCUCACCAUCCUGAUCUCUCUCUCAAUGUAACUGGCUAGCCCAAGAAAACAUGGAUUUUACUGGUUGCCUGGUUAAACGUAUUCAUCUCCCUUCUAGGAGGAAAAGUGUAUUAACUAAUAAAUGGGAGUCCUGGGUCUUGCUUGUAAAGACUUAAUCUCCUGUUUCUGAAGCCUGCAAUGGAGAACACUUGCCCUGUGGCACAGGGAUGCCUGAAAUGCUCUACAGGUGGUGGUUUCAGAUGGCGCUGAGAUGUUUUCCUUGGCCAUGGUGCUGUGCUACUGCCCUCAAGUGCUGUAGUGAUAGCUUCUUUCUGCCUGGGAUAAACUGCAUUUUCUGUCCUGGGAAUAAAUCUUCUCUGGUCUUCAAUGUA